CAUGAUGGCGGAACUACUGUAGUAGAGUUCGGGACGAGCAGGAAAAGUGCAACACCCGCCCUCGUUUAUCUAUUGUAAAUAGUUAUUUAUUUAUUUAGAGACACAUUUUUAUCCCCCUUCGCCGUCCAACGCCAUGACACGUUGGGUUCCCACAAAGAAAGAGAAGUACGGCGUGGCAAUCUACAAUUAUGAUCCCAGUGGUGAGCUGGAGCUGUGCUUACAGGUUGGGGACACAGUACACAUACUGGAGAAACUGGAAGGGUGGUAUCGAGGCUACACGCUACGCCAGAAAUCACAUAAGGGCAUUUUUCCAGCUUCCUACAUCCAUUUAAAGGAAGCGUCAGUGGAGGGAAUAGGCCAGCAGGAAAUAAUUAUUCCAGCAGAUUUACCACUGGUGCAGGAGCUUGGAGCUACUCUGAGGGAAUGGGCGCAGAUAUGGCACAAGCUCUUUGUGGUGAACAAAGGCACUCUGUUCCGGACUGUUCAGCAGAUGGCCUACAGUCUCAUUGAAUAUCGAUCACAGAUAGUGUCAGGAACACUACCCAAGGAUGACCUUGUAGAACUCAAAAAGAAAGUCACUGCCAAGAUAGAUUACGGAAACAGAAUUCUGGGCUUGGACUUGGUUGUGCGAGAUGAUGCAGGAAACACACUGGAUCCUGACUGCACAAGCACUGUCAGUCUCUUUCGUGCCCAUGAGACUGCAUCCCGCAGUGUUGAUGACAGGAUACAAGAAGAGAAGACACGACUACAAAAUCUUGAAAUGCGGCGCCAGGCUCUGUUCAAUACGGUGCACACCUACAGUCUCCUCAUGAACCUGAAAAACUUUGUAUGCAACAUUGGAGAAGAUGCUGAGCUGCUCAUGUCUCUUUAUGACCCAGAUCAGUCAGAAUUCAUCAGUGAGAACUUCCUGGUGCGGUGGGACAGUAUGGGGAUGCCUAAAGAAAUUGAGAAACUCAACAAUCUGCCGGCACUAUUCACGGACCUUAGCAGAAGUGACCUAAUGAGGCAGCGUCUCUUCCUGGUGUGUCAGAUCAUCAGAGUAGGAAGCAUGGAGCUGAAAGAGGGAAAAAAACAAACUGGCGGACUGAGGAGACCGUUUGGUGUAGCUGUGAUGGACAUAACAGAUAUUGCUCAUGGCAAAACAGACGACGAGGACAAACAGCAUUUCAUCCCUUUUCAGCAGAUAGCAAUGGAGACCUACAUCCGUCAGAGGCAGCUCAUCAUGUCGCCUCUCAUCCCAUCUCGAGUCAUUGGAGAGAAUGAGCCACUCACUGCUGUUUUCAACAAAGUCAUUGCCACGAGGGAGGUCAAUCACAAGGGCCAGGGAUUGUUUGUGACCCUGAAGCUGCUCCCAGGGGAUCUAGCACAGGUCAGGAAGGACUACCCUCACUUUGUGGACCGCAGCACAGCCAUCGUGAGGAAAAUGGGCUUUCCAGAAAUUAUUCUCCCAGGAAACGUGAGGAAUGAUAUUUACGUAACCUUGCUGCAGGGAGAGUUUGACCGUGGCAAAAAGAAGACACCCAAGAACGUAGAGGUCAUAUUGAGUGUGCAUGAUGAUGAAGGCAAUGCCAUGGAGAAAGCAAUAUUUCCUGGAGCUGGUUACGAUGGUAUUACAGAGUACAAGUCUGUCAUUUACUACCAAGUGAAGCAGCCUUGUUGGAAUGAAACAGUGAAGGUGACAAUUCCCAUUGAAGACGUGUGCCGCUGUCACCUCAGGGUGAUGUUUCGACAUAGAUCCUCCCAGGACUCUCGGGACAAGUCAGAAAAACCCUUUGGUAUGGCUUUUGUCCGACUUAUGAGAGAAGACGGGACAACACUCAGGGACGGAAGGCAUGAACCUAUCGUCUACAAGGUUGAUGUGAAAAAGACAGAAGAUGCCAAAGUGUAUCUGACCUUGCCAGGGACCUGGGCUGAAGUAGAAGAAAAAGAGAAACAAAUGGGGAAGCAGUUCCACCAUUCAGGAGUGAUCCCUGUCACUAAGGACAGCUUCCAGAUUGCCACGCUUACCUGCUCCACUAAACUCACUCAGAAUGUGGAUCUACUUGGCCUGUUGAACUGGAGAUCUAACCCAAAAGAUCUUGAACAAAACCUACAGAGGCUGAUGGAGGUUGAAGGAGGGGAGAUAGUCAAAUUUCUCCAGGACACUCUUGAUGCUCUGUUCAACAUCAUGAUGGACACAUCAGAAAAAGAUACCUAUGACACACUAGUGUUUAAUGCUUUGGUUUUUAUCAUCACACUUAUUGGCGACAUCAAAUUCCAGCACUUUAACCCUGUCCUUGAAACCUACAUUAACAAGCAUUUCAGUGCCACUUUGGCUUACAUGAAACUAACCAGGGUGCUCAACUACUAUGUGGGCCAUGCAGAGGAGCCUGCCCUUACAGAGAAUCUCUAUGCAGCGCUGAAGGCUCUCAAGUAUUUGUUCAGGUUUAUUGUCCAGUCUCGGAUCCUCUACCUAAGGUUCUAUGGAAACAGUGAAGACGGGGAUGCUUUCUUCAACUCAAUUCGCUCUCUGUUCCUCUCAUUCAACACUCUCAUGGACAGACCACUUGAUGAGGGAGUCAAAAUAAAGGGAGCAAUAUUGAAAUACCUCCCCGGCGUCAUUAAUGACAUCCAGUCUGUGUUUGAUCCUGUGGAACUAAGCGUUCUGCUUGCAAAGUUUAUCGAGAGUAUUCCUGACUCUCAGCUUGUACGUCAGAAGCUUGGCUGCAUGUGCAAAAUGGUGGAGAGUGACCUUUUCUUGCAGCCAGAUUGUCGAGAGGUGCUUCUGCCACUUGUCACUGACCAGCUGAGUGGGCAGCUGGAUGACCACUCCAGUAAACCCGACCAUGAGGCCUGUGUCCAACUGCUUAGCACAGUGUUGGACAUUUUGGACCGCAAGGAUGUGGGUCCGACUAGAGGGCAUGUUCAGCUGAUAAUGGAGCGGCUUCUUCGCAGGGUUAAUCGAACUGUGAUCAGCAUGGACAGGUCCUCCCCACUCAUUGGCCACUAUUUAGCCUGCAUGACGGCCAUCCUGAAGCAGAUGGAUGACAUGCAUUAUGCGCACUAUAUCAGCACCUUUAAGACGAGACAGGACAUCAUCGACUUCCUCAUGGAGACAUUCAUCAUGUUUAAGGACCUCAUGGGGAAAGUCUUUCCUGCUGACUGGAUGAUCAUGAACCUGGUGCAGAUGCAGGUCUUCCUGAGGGCCAUCAACCAGUACUCAGAUGUCCUCAACAUGUAUUUUUUAGACCAAGCGCAUUUCGAAUUACAGCUGUGGAAUAACUACUUUCAUUUGACGGUGGCAUUCCUCACUCAUAAGACACUGCAACUGGAAUCCUUCUCCCAAGAGAAACGCAACAAGAUGUUAAACAAAUAUGGUGACAUGAGGAAAGCAGUUGGCUUCAAGAUCAGAGAUAUGUGGCACAAUCUUGGCCCCCAUAAAAUGAAGUUCAUCCCAGCCAUGGUCGGACCCAUUUUGGAGGUCACUCUGGUGCCUGAGCCUGAGCUGAGGAAGGCCACCAUUCCCAUCUUUUUUGAUAUGAUGCAGUGUGAGCACAAUUUCAGCCCUGGGCGCACAUUUGAAACGUUUGAAAAUGAACUGAUAACAAAACUGGAUCAAGAGGUUGAAGGCGGACGAGGAGACGAACAGUACAAAGUCCUGCUGGAAAAAACGUUACUAGAGCACUGCAGACGCCACAGAUAUCUGUCACAGUCAGGAGAGGAGUUGGCGCUGCUGCUGAGCAGCCUGCUGGAGAAUCUCCUGGCAUACCGUACCAUCACACAUGAUGAAAGUCCUGAGCAUCGGAUGAGCUGCACUGUCAAUGUGCUGAAUUUCUACAAGGAAAAGAAGAGGGAGGACAUUUAUAUCCGGUACUUGUACAAGCUGCGGGAUUUACACCUGGACUGUGAGAACUACACAGAGGCUGCCUACACUCUGCUGCUACAUGCUGAAUUACUUGAGUGGUCGGACAAAACCUGUGCACCUCAUCUGAUUCCUCGAGAUGGGAAGCAUGUGUGGACGCAACAGGAACUUAAAGAAAGGCUGUUCCAGGAGAUCAUAUGUUACUUGGACAAAGGCAAGAUGUGGGAGAAGGCCAUUGAGCUCGGCAAACAGCUGGCCAAAAUGCACGAGAGCCACAUGUUUGACUUCAUGGAGCUCAGCCAGCUGCUGAAAAAGCAAGCAGAGUUCUAUGAAAAAAUAAUGCAUGCUAUGCGACCACAGCCAGAAUACUUUGCUGUUGGCUAUUACGGUCUUGGAUUCCCUUCUUUCCUCAGGAAUAAAAUGUUCAUAUACAGAGGCAAAGAGUAUGAGUGGCUUGAAGACUUCAGUUUAAAGCUGCUCUCUCAGUUCCCAAAUGCUGUCCGGAUGACCAGCACAGCACCUCCUGGAGACAACAUUAGCAACUCCCCUGCACAGUACAUCCAGUGCUUUACUGUCAAGCCAGUACUUGUUGUUCCACACCAGUUUAAAGACAAGGGGGUUCCAGAGCAAAUAUUAAACUAUUACCGAACCAAUGAAGUUGACCAAUUCCAGUACUCUAGACCUUUCAGAAAAGGGGAAAAGGAUCCGGACAAUGAGUUUGCAACCAUGUGGAUUGAGAGAACCACUUAUUUUACCGCCUAUCGCUUCCCUGGAAUUCUGAAAUGGUUUGAAGUCAAAUCUGUCUCAGUGGAGGAGAUCAGUCCAUUGGAGAACGCCAUCGAGACCAUGGAGAUGGCCAAUGAAAAGCUGAGUAACCUGGUGCAGCAGCAAGCCUGUGAUCGCUCUUUGUCCAUCAACCCACUGUCCAUGAUGCUCAGCGGCAUUGUUGACCCUGCCGUCAUGGGAGGCUUCUCAAACUAUGAGAAGGCCUUUUUUACUGACACCUACAUCCACGAGCACCCAGAAGACCGCGAGCGUAUCAAGGUCCUUAAACACCUCAUCGCCCUGCAGAUCCCUGUCUUGGCAGAUGGUAUUCGCAUCCACGGGGAGAAGACGACAGAGCAGCUGAAGCCCUUACACAACCGUCUGGUUACAUGCUUCCAGGACCUUCGGGAGAAAGUGGAGAAGCAUUACGGCGUCAUAACCUUGCCCUGCUCCCUCACUGAGAGGAAGAAGAGUCGCGUGGGCUCUGUUGUGAUGCCCUACAUCCUGUCCUCCACACUGCGUCGCAUGUCCACCGUCUCAACCCUCUCCAACGCCUCUUCGGCCCUCUCUAGUGGCUCGGCAUCAUCUGACGGACCUUCGUGCAUUUCCUCCCAAGAUUCCUUGUUGUCCCGCCCCAGCGAUCGCAGGACCUCUGUGUUGUCCCGCUCAGAGGAGGACAACCGGAUUGCGAGGAAAAAUAGGAAAGAGUGGAGCGUGAGCAAGUCUCAGGUCCUGCUGGAGAGACAGUCGGAUGCAGAUGAGACUCCUGCUGAGAAGCAGCAACGACCCAAGAGUUUACAAUUAGGAGACAGACGGCUCACUCUCUCCUUAUUCCACGGUGUCUCCUCUCAGCUCAGCCUGUCCAACCCCCUCAGUCCUCUUCCUGCCUCUCCCCACACACCUCAUACUCCACGCAGCUCAAGCUUUUCAUCACUACUCAGUGACAAUGAUGCCAAUGCCAUUGACACCCCAGGGACCCCUCCACCGAUGCCUCCAAAGAAACACCCACAUGAGAUUGACAACACAGGCUUCUCUUCAGAGUUCACUCCUCCGCUACCAAUGAAAGUUGAUAGCAAGCCUCCGCCGCCGCCUCCAAAAACACGCAAGUCCAUGUUCCCCUCAUAUGAGCACAGCCCCCAGUAGCGCAGCACAGACUAUAAAGUUUCUUCCCUGUUAGACAGUAGACCACCACGGUUAUCUAGAGAUGCAGGAUCAUCUGAGUCACGUAGUUACUGGUUCAUAUGCAGUUCAAAGAUCUUUUUGUAAACCUCAAGGAAAGAUAAUGUGGCAUACGAUUUUGGCCACCAGUUUUGUAUGUAUAUUGAUUUUAUAUAUAUAUAGAGAGAGAUUUUUUCUCAAUCGAGGAAAAAAAAAGCUUGGCGCUGCUUUACGGCAUUCCAUAUUUUAACAUGAUGAAGCUGUACUGCAUACUUUAUAUUGAUCAAAAGCAGGGACUACGUUGUGCAUGAUAUAACUGCUGAGUGUUGCUGUUAUUGUGUCCAAUGGCGGUGUGGGUGUUAUGAUCUAAUCCUUAAUAUUUCAAAGACACUGGAUGGCAUAAUUAAAUGUGCUGCACAUUUUUUUGCUGUUUGUUUAUGAUGUGGAUACUGUAACGUUUUUGCCUCCAAAUAGCAUCAUGUUGAUGUACAUUGGAGGGAAGCUUUUUGCUCAAAGGAAUAGUUUGACAUUUAUAUCAAAACCAAGCUCAAACCGCAAACUUCUGCAACUGUAGAGUAAAUAUUGUAUAUAGCCUGGGUCAUUUGGUGUAGCUUCAAACGUGAGUGAAAACAGGGAGAACCGCCAAGCAGAGUAACAAUUGGCUAUCUUUAAAGCUAAACUGAAUCAAAUCAUUAUUUGGCAAUAUUACAACUAAUGGUUUUAUUCUUUAAUGGUUAGCACAAUUUGCCAUUGAAAUGAUAAUGUUUCAUCAAGUUCUUGUCAAAUAGAAGAUAAAACAUUCAUGUCUGGUCAAAUUUAGGAUUUCAAAAGUUUUAAAAUAAACUCUUGGCAUGAGGCCAACCUUUGAUCCCUGACCAACAGCAACAGAGUAGACGUGGUUGGGGAGGAGGCUGCAGAAUUUGAGCAUAUCGGGCAAGAGAAGAAGAAUACAGAUUUACCCUGUACACAACUUGAGAUUUAUGGAGUAUUUUAUUAAAAGAAACUUACUAUAGUGCCCAACUUGUACCCCUUUUCCACUGCAGCGAACUUUGGUGCUGGUGCAGAGUUAGGCCCUGUCCACACGGGAACGUUCUUGGGAUUUUAUUUUUUUGUGCCGGAUUAGUAAAUAGUUGCAUCCAGACGGGAAAGGAUAACUGAGUGAAAACGAUGCAAUACACAGGGCACACCUGCAGUACGUGUGCCGCUGUGAACACACACGCAGAACCACGUGACACACCAAACCAUAGAAGAAGAAAGAACGCAUGCGUAUAAGUCAGUCAUCUUUUACUUUCCAAGGCUCGUCUAGAUUUUCGAGAAGUGGAAUUACUUCUGCGAAUCAUUAUGGAGUAUAAGACAAUAAAAUAGGAGAAUGUGGACUGCGGUGAGCCUGAAUAUUCAGAUAUUAUGUUUGCUUUUCGUCAAAGCUCACUUCUAGUCACGUGCCGGCGACGAGGCGGCAGUGGGUCGUUGACGUCAUCGUUCUCGUGUAGAGCUGUGUACAUGGCAAAGACAAGCCGGCGUUUUCAGAUUUUCCCACUCUGGAAGCCGUUUUCAAGAAAUACCGGUUCAGGCCACCCAGAACGCUGGUCCCAUGUGGAUGAGAGGCUGAAAUGAUAAAAUACUUUGCCGUUUUGACCUGAAAACGUUUCCGAGUGGAUAGCCCCCUAGAGUUGAACCAGUGUUGGCUGUGAACAGGCUUAACAGGAUUAAUUUUCCAUUAUCCUGGGGAGCCGUGUCAUUACGUCACAAGGCUUAUGCCUCCAAUCAGGAAAUAACAAAAGGGAGAUCAGCGUGAGUCACGCAAAUUAAAUAAUGUUUAUUUUGUCAAAUGUCCCAAUGAAAAGCAAUGAGUUGCCUGGAGCUUUUAUUUUGACGAUUCCUAGAAUUGGACAAACUACCAGGCAUCAAUAAUUAAAAAAAAUAAAUACUUGCAGCUGUUAUUGCGUGUAAUCUUCAAGAAUAACUACAGUAUUUGUUCUUGAAUGUUACCAUAAAUCAGUGAUCAAACACAGCUCUCUCUCGGAGAUGAAACACUUCCUGCUCUCCUAAAAUACUUCUGUCCACGAGGAUGGUGCGAUUGUAUUGUAGAAAUAACCACAAAAAACCAUAAUGUGAAUGCAGUAAGUGUGGAUUAAAAAAUGAACCUAGAUGGUGACUUUCAUGUUUAUAUUUCUAGUGUGUAUGUGGUGGAAACACACUACUUCAUAUCAGAUAGUGAUUUAGUAAUACAUUUAAAUUUUAAUAAUCCUCAACAUCAUUCACUGAAUUGUUUGACGGACGUUGUGGUCUGAGGAGCAAAAAUAUUUUCAGACAUUUGCAUAAUAGGAUGGUAAAAUUGUGACAUCUGCUGACUAAAUUAAAUCUGCUCUGGCUCUCAUAUUUACAAAAAAAGAGUCAGUGAAGUCAAAACGGAGGUAAAAGGCAGGUAUUUACUUGAGGUAACACCUUCCCCCACUUCAUUAUGCAAAGGCUUCAGCACUCAGCCAAACAAGCUUUUAAAGCCAGAGUUGAACCAAAAACUGCGUCUCCAUUUCAGCACCCCUGUGGAGCCAUGAUAAUGGAAAACAAAAGCUCAGAAAACUUACUCUGAACCAGGUCCGAACCAGCCACAGUGGAAAAGGGUUAUGGAAUGCAAUAUCACUUAACAAGCCCCUGAAAUGAGCAGGAUAGGGCCCUUUAAUGUUUUCAUCCCCCUGUCGCAGUUGUCAUGCAAAUCAAAUCAAACAGGCAUCCUGCUGCGGAUAUGCCAAAAGUCAAUUGCCAUUCUGUCUGCUAAAAGUGACACGCAACUGUGAUCAACUGCGCAUAUCAGGGCAUAUCAAUAUCAAAUUAUUCCUUUGAAGAAUCCUAAACACUGUAUGGUACAAGAAUGGAUGCGUUUUGAAAUGUUGAAGAAUUUCCUUUUUAUUCACUUCAUUCCUGAAAUUUAAGUUAUUGCUCAUCUUUUUUUUUUUUCCAAUACUUGUAUUGUUUUGCACAACAGCAGUGUGUCGAGAGAUGGUUUAUUUUUAUGCAACAUACAGUACAUCAGAACAUACAUGUAUAUACAGUACACUGUGUACCUUCAGAUUGCCAAAAACUGUACAGUGUGACCUCAACACAUUUACCAAGCAUCAAAUGGAUUUCAAUUAAGUUGUCAGUAUUUUCAUUGUAUUUGUAGCUUUUAAGUUGUUUUACAAGGGAUUUACAUUUUCUACUGCACACACCAAUCAAUAAAUGUUUGA